AUGGACACUAGUGAGAACGUUAGCGUUCACACUCGUCAGUGGACUCUUCAGCCCGAGUCUGAGUACAGGUUUGAGCUUGAUCCCAAUACCACGCUUGCAAUCAAGCUCGUCAGCGGCCAUGCGGAGAUAUUUGGCGCAGAACUCGCAGAGGGCAAGGCAUAUAUAUUCGGCCAGGAAUGCAAGGCGGCCGUGUUCACCUGGCAAGGAUGCACCAUAGAGAUGAGCCAUCCUUCAGUCGAAUACCUCUCUGAUGAGACGCCCAUGUCCAUUUACGCCAACGUCCACCUCGCGCUCGAGCAGAUGCGCGUGCGCGCGCUAGCCGCCGUGGAUGGGUCGCCUAUUCCUGAGGACGAAGGUGACGACGCGAUUGGUAUAGAUCCGCCGCGCGUGCUGGUCCUCGGCCCAGAGAACUCGGGGAAGACGAGUGUAUGCAAGAUCCUCACCAACUAUGCCGUGCGCGCAGGACAAGACUGGGUGCCCAUCUAUGUCAAUGUCGACCCCAGUGAGGGUGGCUGGGCUGUUCCUGGAGCAGUCUCUGCGGCACCCAUCACCGCCCCCAUACAGACUUCGACACCUGCUGCCACCCUUGGCUCUGCGGCGACCUCCGCUCCGAAUCAUGUGUCGUCGAAUGCUCUUCUCCCUCUCUCGUACUGGUAUGGACAUGCAGAAAUGCGGCGAAAUCCACUCCUCAUGGACCGGCUCAUCCGGAACCUUGGAGAGAACAUCCGAGACAGGUACGAGAACGACGCAGAAGGUCGAUGUGCAGGCUUGAUUGUGGACACGCCGUCAUCUUUCGCUGCAAGCUCUAGCUCUAGCAACGACCACCGACUGACUAUGAUCAAGGCAUGCGUGGAUGCAUUCCAGAUCAAUGUGAUCCUCGUCGUGGGACAUGAAAAGCUGAACGUAGAGAUGCAAAGGACAUAUGGUAACCGUAUGGUCGUCCUCAAGAUUGCGAAGUCGGGUGGGGUUGUGGAAUUGGACGCCGCAUACAGGGAACGCGUCCAUAAGUAUCAGCUCCACACCUACUUUUACGGGCAUGUCAUGCAACCGCCUCCAGGGCUGCCAUCAAAGGCCUACGUGCAAGGGGGCGAACAGACACCAGACCAAACGAUGCACCUCUCUCCGUUGUCGGCAUCUGUCAAUUUCGGUGACAUCGUUAUCUAUCGGAUUGGUGAAGAAACGAUGGCCCCAUCAUCUGCCCUCCCGAUUGGGGCUGCUCGUGUCGUCUCGGAGAUGCAACCGCUCGUGGUGGAGCCCGCGAUCGGUGGGUCUGGUCUCUAUAACGCCAUUCUAGCCAUACUGGCUCCGCCAAAUCCGGACGAGUCCGAACGGUACGACGAGGAAAUUCUCGACUUGCCCGCGGUUGGCUUCGUCGCUAUAACCGCCUUGGACAUUCCUAAUAGGCGCAUGACGGUCCUGUCGCCUAGUCCUGGCUCUUUGAUCGGGAGGACGGCGAUAGUGGGUUCAUUCGAGUGGCAAGAGUAA